GCAGUUGUACCUCUGUACCUGUAGGUGGCAGCACUUCACCGUGGUGUCGGUGUUGUUAUCUGUUUAGUAUGAAGCAGUAGAAGCAGUACUUGUUAAGAUGUCUGCUCCGAAAACAAUCCCGAAAGAUGCUCAGGUGAUGAUGCAGAUCUUGAAGGACAUGGGGGUCACUGAGUACGAGCCUCGGGUCAUCAACCAGAUGCUGGAGUUCACCUACAGAUACGUGACGACCAUCAUAGAGGACGCAAAAAUCUAUGCCACACACGCCAAGAAGUCCAACGUGGACGCUGAUGACAUCAAGCUGGCCAUCCAGUGUCGUAUGGACCAGUCGUUCACCUCGCCACCACCACGAGAUUUCCUGUUGGAGGUCGCGAGGCAGAAGAACCAGACUCCACUCCCUCUCAUCAAACCGUACACCGGCCCCCGACUUCCUCCAGACCGCUACUGUCUGACGGCCCCCAACUACAGACUGAAAUCCAUCCAGAAGAAGGUGUCGUCUUCUGCCAGCAGGAUAUCGGUGCCUCGUCUGAGCGUUGGCGCCGUUUCCAGCAGACCGACUACACCCACACUCGGAACUCCUUCUGUCCAGUCGGUCACCACGAAAGUUGGAACUCCAGUGUCUCUGACGGGUCAGAGGUUUACUGUUCAGAUCCCACCACCCUCUCAGACGACCACCACCAAAACCACGACGCCAUCCACGCCCGCGGUGUCCAACGUCCUCAUCAACCCGUCUCUGAUUGGCUCUAAGAACAUCCUCAUCACCACCAACAUGGUGUCGCAGAACGCCGGCGGAGACUCGCUGAAGAGGAAGCACGACGAUGAUGAUGACUACGACGAUUUAUGACGUCGUUCUCACAAUAAGGACUAAAGUGAACUGCAGACAUGCUCAAACAUCUGUCAGGGUAGAUGUUGUUUUCUAGAACUUUUCUUUAAGCAGAGAAGAACCUGCUGAGAAUCAACCAGUGAAACCAGUUGAAGCUGACCACUUUUAAAUCUUCAAACGUCUGUUGUGAUUUCCAAUAAACAGAUAAAAUAAAACCCUGUGAAAAAAUCA